UCGAACCCCUGCUGCCUAUGGACCUACGACAGGCCUACCAACUGCCUACGAAUACACAGGUCACAGGUUCAAUUCCCGGGGCCUACACAGAUACUGUACAUGGGUAAGACGAGGGCUAGGGAUCGAACCCUGGGUACUGCAUCCGCUACUGCUAAAGGUGAAAACCGUUUCAUUUGCAGGGAUUCACUUGCUGGCUGGGAAGCUUACCGAGACACGCAGCGGGUGGAUCCUGUAAACGGUAAGGAGCAGCCGCCUCCAGCAGCUGGAGCAACGACCGCCGCCGCCCCCGAUGCCAGCUUCUUCAACAACUCCGAUCGCCUCAAUUCAUUAGAGAUCGACAUCGGAACCCUCAAGGACGACGCGCAGCUACAGCAAACCGCCACGCAACAACUGGAGCAGCAGAUCUGUGUUGUCGCCGCCACACCGAAUUCGGCACCGCGUGAGACGACUCCAAAGUUCGAUGGUCAGGAGAUCUUCUGCGAUUCGACGAAGACGGACCUGAUUUCGUGGUUCCGCAAGUUCGAGCUCAAGUUGCAGCUACACCACGUCAGCGAGAACCAGCAUCACGCGUGCUUAUACUCCCGGUUGAGGGGCGCGUGCCAAGCAUGGUUGGACAAUCUCUUGUCCAAGUAUGGGGUGGUAGCUGUCGACUUGUACACCAAGAUCAGCUGGGAUGGUCUAAAGGCGGCGUGGCAUACGCGGUUCCAAGUAGAGCCGCCGGGGAUCAAGGCAAUGGACAAAUUAAUGACCUUCGAACACGGCAUGCUGCCGAGUGUUGACUGGGUUGCCGAGUACCAACGCUUGACAUCCAUCCCAGACAUUCAGAUGGGCUUCAAGGCCGUCAAACACUACUUUAUCUCGAGGUCGUGUCCGGCAUUGGGCAACGCCUCGACUCACGUCAAGGACACCCUGACGACAACGGUGGAGCUCUUUGACAAGGCCGCACAGAUCAUUAUUUCGAUUCGGCCGAACGAUCGCUAUAAAUCCGCGUUCAAGACGCGGCAUGGACAUUUUGAGUGGGUGGUCAUGCCUUUUGGCCUCACCAACGCCCAGGCGACCUUUCAAACGGCAAUGACCAACGAGUUUCGUGCGAUGUUGGACCGGUUCGUGCUGGUCUACUUAGACGACAUUCUCGUCUAUAGUCAGACAUUGGAGGAUCGUCUUGAGCACCUUCGACGAGUGUUGGAGACGCUCCGCCACGCCAAGUACAAAGCCAACCGCAACAAGCGCGAAUUUGUCCAGCAAGAGCUGGAAUACUUGGGCCAUUUUGUCACACGGGAGGGCAUCAAUCUGUUGUUCGACAAGAUUCAAGCCAUCCAAGAGUGGCCGGAGCCGCGUAACAUCAUGGAUGUCCGUUCGUUCCUUGGCCUUGCCGGCUACUACCAACGCUUCAUCAAGGGAUACUCGAAGAUCGCGGCCCACUUGACCAAGCUUCAAUGCGAGGAUCGGCCGUUUGACUUCGGAGAGAAUGCGGGGGAAUUAUUUUUGGCUCUCAAAGCCACGCCAUUAUCUGCGGAGGUCUUGCACAUAUACGACCCGUUAUUGCCAACGCGCUUCACUAUGGAUGUGUCCGGCUAUGGCAUUGGUGAACAACACGAUGGCGUAGACUGGCACCCGGUUGAGUACUUCAGCAAGAAAGUGUCCGUUGUGCACUCCAUUGAUGAUGCACGCAAGAAGGAGCUCCUAGCCUUCGUCCACUCGCUCAAGCGAUGGUGGCACUUCCUCCUUGGUCGAAGUCAAUUCCGAUGGGUAACGGACAACAAUCCGUUGGUCUUCUACAAGACCCAAGACACCGUCAAUAGCACCAUCACCCAUUGGAUGACUUUCAUCGACCAAUUCGACUUCUUUCCCGAUCACAUUCCAGGGAAGUCUAACCGCUUUGCGGAUGGUCUUUCACGACGUCCGGAUCAUUGUACCGCAGUCUAUUCGACCUUCGAGAUCGACCACGAUCUGCGGGACAGUUUCAUCCGCGGCUACCAAGUCGACCCCAAGUUUCACGACAAGUACGCGAAUUGCUCCUCUCCUAAUCUGGCGCCUUCUCUUGUCCACACGCGGGGGACGGACCUUCUUUGCGUGCCCAGUGACUCUCACUUGUGUACACGGCUUCUUGGCGAGUUCCAUGAUGCUCCCGCCACCAGACAUUUUGGAGUCAAUCGAACGAUUGGCCGACCCGGCCUUCUCGGUGACGUCACACGCUAUCGUGAGUCAUGCGAGGUUUGCCGACGCUGCACAUCCCGCAACCAUCUUCUGUACGGCAAGUUGCGACCAUUACCGGUCCCCUUGCGCCGAAGUGAAGUGAUUGCCAUGGACAUUACCGGGCCAUUCCCCAAGCACAAGACCGGUGUGGAUGGAUUCUCACGGUGGUCGACCAACUCACCAAGUGCGCCAUGUUUUUGCCUUGCCGCUAUCAUGCCAAGGCACCGGAGUUGGCCGAGGUUCUUUAUGUCGGUUGGAUUCGAACCAAGGGUUACCCCAAGGACAUCGUCUGCAACCGCGACACUCGGUUCAUGUUCGAUUUUUGGUUGGCGCUCGGCUCGCCACCCCCAAACUGAUGGCCAAACAGAGAGGGCGCAUCAGACCGCACAGGUUCUCCUUCGCACUCUCAUCCGUCCCGACCAAAAGGAUUGGGUUGAGUGGCUGCCGGAUGUCGAGUUGCCAGAUGUCGAGUUGGCAUACAACUCGUCCAUCGACCCGGCUAUCGGGAUGUCGCCCUUCAAGUUCGAGCACGACUCGCUGGUCACUUCUUCAUUGGACACAAUCAUUCCACGAAUGGUCGAGAGUGACGACCAUCUUCUUUUCUUGCGUCGGAUGCAAGAGCUACUUGUCAAGGCACGCGACCAGAUGGCUAAGACGCAGCAACGCAUGAGCCAACAGGCCAAUCGCCAACGUCUUCCUUGUCCAUUACGAGCCAGUGAUCUCGUUUGGGUGUCCGCCGCGGAAUUCAGCCUCGAACAAGCUCCUCCCGAAAUGGAUGGGGCCCUGGCCGAUACAUUCCAGUGGGUCAGUUGGGAGAUGCUCUAUGGCUAUCUCAAGAAGGAAAGUCCGCCGGUUGUCUCCUUCCUCCAUUACCCUGAUGCGGUGUAGUUCCUUCUUCAAAGUCCAUUGAAAGGGGUCCCGGCUCCCUUCAAGACUGUCGUUUCCUUUUGUGAUGUACCACUCGAGCAGCACGUCGUCCGAUCGAACUAGGUGAACCAGGCCUACCUUAUCGACCCUCCCCCCAUGGGACACCCAAUCUCCCUCCUUCAACACCGGUCCUCUGCGAAGAAUGGGCCACCACCCUACCGGGAGGGCCUCCGUUAUUUCGUCAAGGGCCGAUUCAACAUUGUGGCAGUAUCUAAAUUCCUCCCUCAUCUUCUACGGGCUCUUCCAGUCCUUCCUCUCCCCGUCCCAAAGGUCGCCCACUCGCGUCACCCCAUUCUUCACCCACCCUUUCUAUGGGACGUCUGUGCUGCAAAAAAUCUGACUGCGUUCGUUGGUGAUCCAACGGUUUCCAAAGAGGGGUUGCCUUGCCACCUCCUCCCACCUGUCUGAAAGUAGGCGAUUCGGGGGGGGGAGCCGCCUCAAGAUUUUUAACAAACGGGGCUAGAAGUC